AUGCUUCCGCGGGUCACAGAUGGCCCGCGGGUCACGGGUUGGACGACCCUGAACUAAUACGUUUACCAACUUUUGGCUGAAUUUAUCCGGAAAUUGGCAUACUGGUGGUGGAUAUCAUAUUGCAUUAACACCACAGUGAAGUCCAGUCAGCAGGUUUACAGCCCAAUCGGCCAAUCAAUCCAAUGAACACAAACGGCAUGCUAUAUCUUGAGAUCUAUGCUGGAUUUAAUGUGAUUUCAACCUCUGUUCCAUGUUCACCAAGCUACUCGCGGAUCUUUUUUUACCUAUUCUGUCUGCUUCGUUUUUGUUUAUAACAGGGAUGAGUAGUUCUUGACUCAUUCCAAAUUACAUGGCAUUAUCGAUACAAGAUUAUCAAUGUGUUACAAUUGGCAGUGCGUGCGUCAUGACAACCAUUCCAUUUGCUAUGAUUUUUUCACUCUCGGUUUCAUCUCCUAUAUAAAAGUGCCAUUAAUUUGCUCAUGCUGUUAAUCGACAGAUGAUUAGCGGCAACCACUAUGAGAGUACACUUCAUAAACUAAAACAAACAAUUUAGACGAAAUUAAUAAAAACCAAGGAUUUUAUUCAUUAAAUGAGUACACACAAUACUUCUUCAACGAAUAUUUUCUCGAAAACAAAAAUUGUUUUUUUUUAAAAUGAUACUACCUCUGAUUAUUGUCGGUCGUAGUAAACCGUAAUUUAAUUAAGGAGGAAGUAUGAACACAACUAGAAUUUAUACAAGACGUAGUCUAUAGUUCUUGAACAAAUUUUUAAAUUGUAAAAUUUUACAUAGCUUUGUAGUCAGCUAUUUAGCGUUUCCGGCUUCAUCAAAUUUGAGAAGAAAUUUAAAACGGGAUAGCCUCGGCGUGAAGUCUGAAAUCGUAUAUUUUCAGUAUUCAACUGAAUUAACAUUUGCAUUUUAUUAAAGUAAAACCUUUGUUAUAUAAAGCCCACUGAUUACAAUACACUAAUGCAAAUGUCGAACAUUUAUGUGGGACAAACUAAUGAAAAUUCCAAAGGAUUAUCUUUGAAGGUUAUUGUUUAUAUUACAUAAAUAACUUCUUCAUUCUAAAACUUAACGUGAUUCUUCGAGUUUCCCUAUAGUGCGGCACUUGAGGUGGUUUACUUAUCAUUUAUUAUAUUUUGUUUUAUUUAUUUAGGUUUCAAUAUCUGGAAAGAGAUGUCGGAGAAAGUUACAUAUGCGUAAAUAUUUGCGUUGUACUUGUACUGGCUGGUCAGCUUUAGCAUUUUCGAUAUGUUGUUCAGGCAUGGAGACGGAACCAAUCGUCUUCAAUAUUUUCUGUAGUUGAUGUCCUUACUUGCUCUUUCUUGCUUUCUGAAAUACAGUUUCCGAGAGUGGAUUAGCUAAUGAAAAUAGUUUGUAAACAAGGAAAGACUUCUUUUAUUAAAAUAAACCUUGCCGUGUCAAUUUUGUGACUUUAUUGGUUUGAUGUUUAUUGGUACCAUAAAACGAGCUGAUAAAUUUUCCUGUAGAAGCAAAUAUAGAAUACUUGCAAGACUGUAGGACGUCUAAUCUCAACAAAAAUGGAGGGUUUCAAGCACGACCAUAUGGAUUCUUUGAACAGGUACCGUGAAUACAAAAAAUUUUGGGAGCGACAUAGGAUUCCCGGAGAAGUUAAAGAUAAGAGAAUGCUAUGGACUGAUCCAGGGUAUCAGCCGAUGUUUUCAUCUAAAAAGAAGGAUAAAAAGACAUCUUGUAAGCUUCGUUCCCUUUCUUCAAGUCCUGACAAACAAUCCAAAAAUAAAAAGGUUGCCAGCGUAACAACAAUUUCAAUCACAACAAACGGUAUUUCUGAUUCGAAAACGAAAAAGAUGGUCUUGGAAAAUACAAACCAACAACAAGUUUCUAACAACGAAAAGGAAUCAAGUUCCGUCUCUUUCAGGCUACAGCAAAUGAAGCAAGAACAAAAAUCAAAGGUUGAGAACGAAAACGCAACAAAAACUGAACAUAGUGGAUCCGAUAAGAAUAAAAUGAAGGACGGUAAUCCAAAGAAAACAAUAAUUGAUCAGUCCAAAAUAUCCAAAGAAAAACUAUCCAAUGGUCGACAUAGCAGUAGCAGCAGUAGCUCCGACAGUAACUAAAAAGUUUGUCUGAUGAAAAAUUUGAGCAAUUUAUAUAUAUAUAUAUAUUUAAAAAUUCAUUUUCUCUA